AUGCGGCGAUAUUUAUCUGUAUCAGACUCCUCUAAAGUGCUGUGUUGGGCGUUAUUCCUGAGCGUCACGUUCUGUGGAUCUGGGGCUCUGAACGCACCGGCUGCCUGCCGUCUGAAGACCAUACCGUGCUACGAGGACUACGAAUACUUUCAGGACGGGGACGUCGUUCUCGGAGGAGUGUUCACUGUGAACUGCUUUAUGAAAUAUUUUGUGAAGGAUGGAAUAAUCCGAUACGUCCAAUGCAUGCUUCCUCAGAGUCUCCAUUACAAAAAUAUCCUGACCUUCAUGAACACCAUUCAGGACCUGAACGAGAUGGGCUUUUUACCUAAUAUCACGCUGGGGUAUCACCUGUACGACUCCUGUUCAGAUGGGAUAAAGGCUGUCAAAAGCAUCCUACAGAUUUUAUCCGGACCAGGACCCAUCGUCCCGAAUUACUGCUGCGGGAAAAAGGCCAACGUGGCCGGGAUUAUAGGCGAUCACUAUUCAAUCACCACAAUACCCAUGGCCCAGAUCCUGGGGAUGUACAGGUACACGCAAAUCAGCUAUGGUACAACUAGUUUUCGACUUUCUGAUAAAAAUGAUUACCCCACCAUUUUCCGGGCUCUCCAGAACGAUCAUAUAAACUACUCUACUUUAUCCAAGCUGCUGAGUUACUUUGGUUGGACUUGGGUUGGUAUAAUCGCAUCCAAUGAUGACAGUGGAGACGAGGAAACUCAGGCGUUGACUGAGUACAUGGCCAUCAACGGCAUCUGUCCCGCCUAUUUAAUCAAAACUAGCCGCAUUGUAACUGCUACCGAUCAUAUCAUUGGAAAAAGGAAUCAAAACAUUAUAAGGAAAUCCCGUGCUAAGGUCAUUGUUCUCUGUGGAUCAUAUUCCAUACAUGUUGUAAAUGCUUUAGUCAGACUACAAGAAGUUCUUAAAGACAAGACGAUAAUCAUCGGCCCCACGUGGGCCCUAAACACGUUUUUCCUCAAUAAGAUGCCCGUUAUAUUCAAUGGCAGUUUAGCACUUGACAUUUAUGCAAAAUUUGUCACAUGGUACCGGAUUAUGAACUGGAAAGCCUUCAGAAAUUAUACAUGGAUGUUAGAUGAAAUUGGUUAUUUUGACCCAAGUGACCAAAAGCUCUUUCUAGAUAAAAAAAUAAUCCAUUGGAAGAAUCCCAAUAACCAGAUGCCAGAGUCUCAGUGUUCGGAUAACUGUUUGCCCGGAAACAGAAAAUUACACAAUUCUUCCAUCUACACCUGCUGUUACGGCUGCGUUCCGUGUUCAGAGGGAGAAAUCUCCAACAUAACUGGUAGUGAAAAAUGCUUAAGAUGCCCAGACAAUGAAUGGCCUGCUCAAUGGAAAAAUCAAUGUAUUCCCAAGCUUCAUGAUUUUUUAUCUUACAGCAGUGAUGGGAUCUCUAUGACGCUGAUAUCUCUCUCCAUUCUUUUUUCCCUUAUUACUGCUCUUAUCUUGGGAAUAUAUGUUUCAUACAGAGCUACUGCUAUUGUCAAAGCAAAUAACAGGAACCUCAGCUUCCUCCUCCUGGUCUCCAUCAUCUUGAGCUUCCUCUGUGUGUUUCUGUUCCUCGGUCGUCCUGAGGAUGUAACCUGCAUGCUGCGACAAACUGCUUUUGGAGUCAUCUUCUCAGUAGCUGUGUCUUCUCUGUUGGCCAAAACCAUCAUGGUUUGCAUCGCUUUCAAAGCCACCAAACCUGGGAGUUACUGGAGAAAAUGGAUUGGAGUAAAAGUAUCCAAUUCUAUAGUCUUGUUCUGCUCAUCUAUUCAAAUUAUAAUAAGUAUUGGUUGGUUGGCCCUUGCCCCUCCUUUCCAAGAGCUGGACAUGCGCUCUUAUCAGGGAAAGAUUAUCAUUCAGUGUAAUGAGGGCUCGGUCAUCGCCUUCUACUGUGUCCUGGGUUAUUUGGGGCUUCUGGCAGCUGUUAGUUUUAUUAUAGCUUUUUUAGCCAGGACAUUACCAGACAGUUUUAAUGAGGCCAAGUACAUCACCUUCAGCAUGCUGGUGUUCUGCAGCGUUUGGAUUGCGAUGAUCCCGGCCUACCUGAGCACCAAAGGAAAAUAUAUGGUGGCCGUAGAGAUUUUUGCCAUAUUAGCUUCAAGUGCUGGACUCUUAGGAUGUAUUUUUUUCCCCAAAUGUUAUAUUAUUUUAUGCCGGCCUGAACUAAAUACAAAAACACAUUUGUUUCAAAACAGGUGAAAUCUCAUACAAGUAUUGUGUAGUUAUCAUUAUUAGGAAAUGCUAUGUAUGUAACAUCAGAUAUACAAACAUAAUAAA